AUGGGAGACCCAAACAGCAUCGUACAAGAGCUACUACAAGGUUUGGAGUUUGCAAGGCAGCUCCAAGUGUACCUCCACAUGCCUUCUUCGUCCCAAGAAACCCGUGACCUCCUCAUCCAGAAGAUCAUAUCCACGUUUGAAAAGGCACUUGAAAUGGUAAAUUGGAAAGGACCAGUUCCUGUGGGCGAGUCAUCACAACUGCCCCUAGCAGCUGCAAUCCGAAUGUCAGACUCACCUAUCAGCAGUAGUCCCCAAAGUGAAGACUCCGAGAGAGAUAUGAAAGACCACGACCACAGUGCUUUCAAAAGAAGAAACACUUUGCCAAGAUGGACAAAACAGAUUCGGGUUACACCAGGAAUGGGGGUGGAAGGCCCUCUUGACGAUGGAUAUAGUUGGAGAAAAUAUGGUCAGAAAGACAUCCUUGGAGCCAUGUACCCCAGGGGCUAUUACCGAUGUACUCACAGAAAUGUUCAAGGUUGCAUGGCAACAAAGCAAGUGCAAAGAUCUGAUGAAGAUCCUACAAUUUUUGAAAUCAAUUACCGAGGAAAGCACACAUGCACGGUGGCCAACAACAUGGGUUCUUCUUCAUCAAAUCCCCUAGAAAACCAAGAACCAAGUUUGAACAACACAAAUACUCAGCAGCAGAAUAUCUUGCAAAGCCUUGAGCAGCAACCAAAUGAGUUACUUUUGAAUCUCCGAGAAGGAUUGAGAGUCCAAACAGAAAGCCUAGAUUCCCCUGACCAAUCAUUUGCUCCAUUCCGUUUCCCUUUGUCAACGAACAUAGAAAAUGAAGGUCAAGUUUUCCCUUCCCAUGUGCUUGAAAACUUCGGUUCUCCUUAUAUGUCCCCUGCUACAUCGGGAAUAAGCCACUUUUCGGUGUCUCCAAGUGGGGUGAACAGAUUUGGAGGGAACCCAAAUUUGGCAACUUUUGAGUCCCAGAUCAAUGACAUGAUCCCAGCUGCUACUUCAACUACAAACUCAGCAGCCGUUGGUUUACAGUUUCCUUUCAACCAGUUUGAAUUCGAUGGCCAGAACCUAAGAUUCGAUAACCCAUGA